CCCGCGAUGCUCCACCAGUCCACCCGGUCACCGAGCCAUCGUACCCCAGAAGCUUUCUCUCCCGUCCGCCGAGUGUGCCCGCACCAGCUGAUCCGCCCUCGGUCGAUCACCGCGAGCGGACCGGCCGGCCGGAGAUGGGGUCCCGCUACGAGGUGGAGGUGACCGUGGGCUCGGCCCGGGACCUCAAGAACGUCAACUGGCGCCACGGCGACCUCCGGCCCUACGCCGUGGCCUGGGUCGACUCCGGCACGCGGUGCAGCACCCGCGUCGACCUCGACGGCGGCGAGAACCCCGCCUGGGACGAGAAGGUCCUCGUGCCGCUCCCGCCGGCCUCCCGCCUCGACGACGCCGUGCUCCACGUCGACGUCGUCCACGCCAACGCCGACGAGGGCGUCAAGCCGCUCGUCGGCUCCGCGCGCCUCCCGCUCCGCGACGUCCUCGACGAGGCCGGCCUCGGCGGGAAGGCCGCGCGGAACCUCCGCCUCAAGCGGCCCUCGGGAAGGCCCCAGGGCCGCCUCGACGUCCACGUCGCCGUCAAGGAGCCGGCCAGGUACUACGACCCCUACCCGGCGCCGGGGGGCUACGCGCAGACGGGCACCCGCGACCCCUACGGCCCAGGCCCCGGCGGGUACUACGGCGGCGGCUCCGGCGGCGGCGGCGGCUACGGCGGGGGCUACGGCUCGGGCGCCGCGUACGGCUCGGCCGGCUUCGGCGCCGCGCAGCCGUACGCCGCGGCGCCGCCCGCAGGGUACCCUUCGGCCUACGGCUCCGCGGCGCCGCCCCCGCAGCCGGCGUACGGCGCUCCCCCCGCUGCCUCGGCGGCGUACGGCGCCGCGGCACCGGCAGCGUACGGCGCCGCGGCACCCGCGUACGGCGCUGCCCCUGCCGCCGUCGCUGCCGACGGCAAGAAGAAGGACGGCAAGAUGGGGAUGGGGACGGGGCUGGCCGUGGGCGCGGCCGCGGGAGUGCUCGGCGGGCUCGCGCUGGCCGGCGGGGCGAGCUUCCUGGAGAACAAGAUGGAGGAGCGCGUGGCGGAGAGGGUGGAGGACAACCUGGAGAGGGAGGACUCGUACGGCGGCGGCGGCGGCUACGGGGGCGGCUACGACGACUAUGGCGGCGACGAGGACUACUGAUCGGAUCGGAUCGGACCCGAUCAUCUGGUCGGCGGCUAUGCUUACCAUCCAUCGUCUUGGUUUCCUAAACAUGUCUGGAUCGGCCAAAACAAACCCUGUUCUUCCAUUUUCUUUCCUCCGUUGUGUUCUUUCAUGUUGGCGUUGCUGUUCUGUUACUUGAGACUUGAGAUUAUUCUCCGUGUUGAGCACUGCAAGCAAAAUGAAUCGAUCCGCCGCGCUUGAUCAGA